AUGUUGGAAAACUUGAAAUAACAAAAAAAUAUCCAAACCUCAAGUAAAUAGUCUCCUAAAAAAAUAAUAAAUGAUUUCGAAUAUCAUUUAGAAGAUUGUCUAGGGAAAGGAGAAUAUAGUUCUGUAUUUAAAGGACAGGAUAGAAGAUCUGGAUAAGAAGUAGCAAUUAAAGUAAAUAAGGUUAUGACUAAAUGUUUAGGUUAUAGAGAAUUCUAGAUUGAAUUCAAAUUUUUCAAAACAGAUGUUGAGUAAUGAAAUUGAAUCAUUAAAGAAACUCCAUUCACCUUACAUUUUAUAGUAUAUCAAUUAUAUAUACACUCCAAACAAUCAAUAUAUCAUAACUGAAUAUUGUAAUGAAGGAGAAUUGAGAUUUGUAAAGAAUCGAUCAGAUUAAUAAUUGUUAAGGAUUUUCCAUUAAUUACUGUAGGCAUUGAAGGAACUCAAAUCUAAGAGUAAUUAUGAUAUAAAAUAAAUAGAUAUAAUACAUAGAGACAUCAAACCUCCAAAUAUUAUGAUGCACAAAAGCAUACCUAAACUUGCUGAUUUUGGUUUUAGUGUUAAUAUUAAUUUUUUGGAGUUAUAAAAAUCAUCAUUUGGUACACCACUCUACAUGGCACCGGAAUCCUUACUAAAUGAUAUUUAUAGCUUUUAGUCUGAUGUAUGGUCUGUUGGAAUUACAAUGUAUGAACUCAUUUAUGGGAAUGUUCCCUUUUAUCAUGGCAAAGAAUCUGAAUUAAAGAAAAUAAUACAAAAUUAUGUCAAUAAUCCUAUCUUAAUAAUGCCAUAAUCAAUAUUUGUUUCAUUACUUAAAGGAAUGUUAGAUCCAAAUCCUAAUACUAGAUUCACUGUAGAAUAAUUAUUAUCUAUGAUUUCAACUGAAUAAAAUACAUAAAUUAGUACAUAAUAAGGAUUCAACUUUUUAAACAAUUUUGCAUAAAAAUUAUAACAUUUUGAAACUAAAGUUGAUGAUAUAUGUCUUCGAUGGGCAAUUUUGAAGAUUUUAUCAUCAUAAUUUUAAAUGAAUACAAUUACUCAAAAUUAAAUCAAUCAAUAGAUUAAUUAGAUCCAUAACUCUACUAAUUUCUAUAUGAUUAGAGAAUAAAAGAUGAUUGAUCUAAUCAAUUCAAAAUCAGAUACAUGUAUUUCAUUUAAAUUAUUUAUUUAGAAUUUGUUCAAUUUCUUCGUUAAAUUUUGUAAUAAAAAGUUCAUUGUUAACAAUAUAAACCUAUUUUAUAGGAUAUACUUCAAUGUGAUGCUAUAUUAUUUCACUUAUUUAAAUGA